AUGUCAAGGUUAGUGAAAGCCAAGAAGUAUGACUGGAAGGACUCUAACAUGGAGAAGGUCGGUUCGGCAGAGGACAGGCAUGUCAAAAAGGAGGCAGCACAAACUGAGCCUGCAUGGAAAGGUGCUGGGAAGGAGGUUGGACUGCAGAUCUGGAAGAUAGUUAAUUUCAAAGUUACAGUUCUACCCAAAAGUGAAUAUGGAAAAUUCUUUGAAGGGGAUUCGUAUAUAAUCCUUAAUACCUACAGGGAGCAGGGAGGAGACCAACUGUUGUAUGAUAUUCAUUUCUGGAUAGGAAAAUGCAGCACACAGGAUGAGUAUUGUACCGCAGCAUACAAGACAGUUGAACUUGACACACUUCUGGAUGAUGUGCCAAUACAACACCGUGAAGUUCAAGGUCACGAAUCUGAUCUGUUUAAAUCCUAUUUUAAGACCAUGACAAUAAUGAAAGGUGGAGCAGACAGUGGUUUCAGGCAUGUGAAACCAGAGGAAUAUAAACCAAGAUUGCUACAUGUAUCUGGCACCAAAAAUUGUGUCACAGUAACUGAG